GCGCGGUGUGUUACCGCAGGAGUAUCUGCUGAGUCUGCGGGUGUCUGCGAAGGCCCCAAGUGUCAUCUGCGGCUUAGGGUUUCAUGGAUUAGACUUUAAACCGUGUCUAGGCCGGCUGACAUCAGCUUCCUCUCACACUGAGGCUCCAAAGAAAUGCGGGGUUGGGGGCUCCCUCUCGGGGCCCGGAGGCACCCCUCUCUGAUGGGGUGGGGAGUUCGCUUGGGACAAAUCGGCUUUCUCUCACCUUUGGAGAAAGGUUCCCCGAGGCUUCUGAGAAUAGCUCGGAUUCUUUCCUGCCAUUAGCGCACAGAACACACAAAGGAAGCCCCCACCCGUCCUCAGACGUGGGGACACUCUGGGAAGGAGGCUGGCGUGGACCCCGAGUCUGAGCACCUCCCUCGCCCGCGGGGAACAAUAGCCGCCGCCUGCCCCGGGCAGCCCGGCGGUCGCGCGGCACAAUGGCCGUCUCGGGGCCGCGCCAGCAUGUGACGCGCGCGCGCUCGGCGCUCGCCCGGCCUGCCGCAGGGCGCAGUCAGCACAGAGCCGGAGCCGCCGGGCCGCGGCCAGGCUGCCGGAAUCCACCUGGCACACUUUCGGAAAGACAAACGCGGUUCCUCCUACUUCAGAGCCCCAAGUCUGGGCCAGCUGGGAGCCGACCCGAAACCGCAAGCGGAGACGCAGGCACGCGGGGUGAGCGCUCACGGAGGGUGCGACGCCGCCCCACGCCCUGCGGCGCGAGGCCGGUCACCCCCGCGCUCCGGGUCCCUACUGCCGCCUGCCGGCCCACCGCCCUCCCAAGAGGCGGGCCCCAGCGCCCGUCCCCGACGCACGGUGGCUCGGUAUCCCCAGGCCCCCACACCCGCCGCUUCCUCCCUGCCCCGUCGCACCCUCAGCGCUACUCCACGCCACAACUCCAUCUCUCCCAAGGCAGAACAAGACAAAUCCCAAUGGGUCACAAGGUUUUUGCAGACACACAAAAAAAGGCUCCAAAGGGACUAGGAUUCCGGGAAGGGGCGGAGCUAGUUUCGUUCUUACUUACCUGCAAGAGUAAUUUGUGUGGGAGGAAGCAGGAUAAUACCCUGUUGAACUUGGAACUAAACUUGAAUGUCAUAUAAAAAGAACAAUAAAAAUACACUUCAGA